AAUGCAGUCAUGUUCCAUGUUGAAGCACACUCUUUAAAACAACCUAACAUAACCUUCAACAUUCAAAGAAGCUUUCUGUUGCACAAAGGUUUUUUGGAGGAAAGGGGUUCUAAUUAAAAGUACAGAAAUAACUAAUAAAAGGUAAGAAAGAAAUGGCUCUUUUUAGAAAACAAUUUCUCCAAAAAAUGCCAAUAUCAAAAGCUCCUUUAUUUUAAUGAGUGCAGAUCAAUAAAUGAUUACUUGACUAAUUCAAGUACAGCUUGCGUUAUUGUUUAUUUCUGACUACCUAGAAGUAAAAGUACUUUAAAGUAAAUGGAUUGACUGCAGUGGACAGAAAGAAGGACACAGUGGCAGAUACGACGUGUGUCGCAUUUAUUCGGUAACCCCCAGCGCCAGUGCUUGUGUUGAGUUAAAUUACGCACGAGCGAGCGCAGUGGACGCAGAUCUCGAGUACGUAACGGAGACGCCGGGAACCCCCGGUCUAUGAGGACGUACUUGUUUUCCUAAUAAACAGACCAGUUGCUGUCUGAUUUGUUUAUUCUGUUUUUUUAUUUCGCUCACUUAUUUAUGGGGACUUAUUCCGGUUGGACUUGAUGCAUUUUGAGUUUUGAGCAUUUUGCACCAAGGUCUUUUUGCCCACGUUGGGUUUUUCUUUAGUGCGUGAAUAAACACAAUUUUUGCAUCCAUUUCUGCCGGAGAGCAUCCGUAUAACAGUUCCGAUCUGGUGUCUGCUUUUUCAUCCUUCGUGCGAAGAAUCUGAAGGGAGACAUGGAAGUUUGCAAAGGACGUUUGUUGGGCAUCUCGGUGGCCGUGGCGCAUGGAUUUUUUUCGGGCUCGCUAAAUAUCCUAUUAAAAUUUCUCAUCACGACCUAUAGCUUCAAGUAUCUCACUUUAAUUCAGUGUCUGACCAGUGGCACUGCGGCGCUCACACUGGAAGUGCUGAGGAGACUGGGCAAGAUAGAUAUACCACCCUUCAGCUUCCAGUUAGUUAAAGUUUUCGCGAGUGUUUGUAUUUUAGCAACGUUGCAGUCCACAUUAACUCUCUGGUCUCUCAGAGGACUGAGUUUGCCCAUGUAUGUCGUGUUUAAACGAUGCUUGCCUUUGGUCACGUUGGGAAUUGGAGUGUGCGUUCUGAAGAACGGGAUCCCAUCACCUGGCGUUAUAGCGGCAGUUUCAAUCACAACCGGAGGAGCAGCAUUAGCUGGGGCUGGAGAUUUAACAGGUGACCCUUUCGGCUACGUAACAGGCGUUUUAGCUGUUAUCGUUCAUGCCUCCUACCUGGUGCUCAUCCAGAAAGCAAGUACAGACAGUGAUUAUGGUCCACUCACAGCCCAGUAUACCAUUGCAGUGGUGGCGUCUCCUAUUCUCUUCAUCUGCUCCAUUGUAAGCAUGGACGCCAUUGAGAUGUGGACAUAUGAAGGUUGGAAAAAUCCCUUUAUCACAGGCAUCUUCUGUGCCUGCAUCCUCAUUGGUUGUGCCAUGAACUUCACCACACUCCACUGUACGUACAUUAACUCUGCCGUGACCACCAGCUUUGUUGGGGUGGUAAAGAGCAUAGCCACCAUCACGGUGGGCAUGCUGGCCUUCAACGACGUGAUGCCGACUAAACUGUUUGUGGUAGGUGUUGUGGUUAACACAGCUGGCUCCAUCACCUACUGUGUGGUGAAAUAUUAUGAAACCCAAAAGAAGUUGACUUACCAAGAUAUGGAUGAGGACAAGGACGAGGGACCGCCAGGAGAACCUUACGUGGAACCAACUAAGCCUGAUGGAGAUAUGGAAACUCUUCCCAAUGAUCUGGAGAGCAUUCCGAACGGAAGCCUGAUGACGUCGGCUGACGGCGAGGACCAGGGUCCUGUUCGUGAGAAUAAAGUCGCAGAGUCCAUAGAGUUUGAAAGACCAGCGGUGACAUCGGACGGCGAGCCUACGAGACAAUCUUUAAGUGACAGUUAUCUAGGGGUCUGGAGAUCUGUCCGUGCCUUAAAGUUCCUAAAGAAAGACACAUUAAUUGAUAAUAUGGAGGUUCAAAGUCCUUGAUGAUUGGUUUUAUGCUUGUCAGAUGUGCAUGUUAAGUAUUGGUAAGAACCGAUAGUCUGAACAAUGUUUGUCUUUUUCUCUCCUGAACAUGGUUUUAUGGAAAACCUUUAUUUUUUUAAAAAGGUCCGUUUGUACAUUAGAGGGAUUAUAGCAUUUUGGAUGAUGUGCAUACUGUAUACCUGGAAUCCCAAGAAUUAUAAUUAUAGGGUUAUUUAUUGAUUUGCCAGAAUGAAUUGUUUGAUUAAAGUAAUAUUGUUCGCCAAAGGUAGAAAGUCAGGUUGGAAAUUAACAAAGACGAAAAGUACAAAUAUCGCAAUUAAUUGGAUUGUUUUUGAAUGAUCAUUUGUUUUAAUGCACGCAGUGUCUGUGCUUGUAUAUCUGUAUUUUGUCUAAGAAUGCAAUUCUUGAAAUGAAGGCAUUACAUUUUCCCUUUUGCAUGUAGUAUGCACUAUUAGUUUAAUCUUUAAACCAAAAUUGUGAUCUUUGUAUAUCAUUUUUAACAAUAUAUAAUACAAUCUACCCACCUACUGCUUUAAAUCGAUAAAACAUCUUUAUAUUACCAAUAAUUGUCUGUGAUGAUAGGGUUUGCUCAACAAAAUAUAGCACAGAAUUAUACAUUUGG